CUCUGUGUGUUUUGUAGUCCCUGCUCCUCUCCAAUGUGCUUCACCAAAUGGACGCAGAGGUUCUGACCCCCCAGAUGAUGGCAGACGUCGAUGGCAGCAGUAAAAUCGCCAGCGCGGAGCUGGAGGUGCUGAAGCUGCAGGAGCUGGUGCGCAGACUGGAGAGGCAGAACGAACAACUGCGGAGCAGAGCGAGCGCUGGAAACAAUUGUCCCGUCGGCCCGGCGCGUCUCCAGACCCCGCGCGCGUGUCUGGGGGACACUUUCCACGCUAAAUGUGACGUUUCGAGUCCGGCACGGCCCCGGCCGUGUGCGUCCGAGCCCCGGGGUUCUUCCCAGGAGCCGCUGCCCUAUUUUCAGCCGAGCUCCGGGUCUCCUGCCGCCGCGGAGGAGGACGCCGGUGCCGCGGCUGUUCUGGACGAGGUGGACGUUCUGGACCUGGACACGGUGCUCUCAGUGGGGGAGGCUGAUAGCUGGCUUUAUGUGACUCCAAAAGCUAAGCUCCAGAGUGAAAGCAUCGUCAGCCCUCUCCAGUGGUGCAGGCAGGUCCUGGACCAUCCUGGGCCUGAGGUGGAGCUGGCUAAGAUGACCUUCUGUCACAGACUUGAUCAAGCGAAGCGGUGGCGAGGAGUGUCUUCCGUCCGUCCGUACAGCUGCAUAGAGGGGCUCUCCACACUCAGCUGUCCCGUCCUGCCUUACACUAAACCUGCUUCACUAACUGAGAGCCCAGCUGCGUUGUCGUCAUCCGCUCAGUCUGUUGUCCAGCCGACUCCCCCGCUCAGGACCGGCUGCAGCCUCAGCGAAAGAGCGCCCACCUUUCUGUCAAACGCUGCUCUCCACAACGUCGGUCGGCGCCAUGCAGCCAUCACGCCCCAGUCAUCACUGGACAGUGAGGUGGGGGUGUCAGAGCUGGAGGACGACUCCAUCUCUAUGAACUACAAACUGCAGGACAUGACAGACGUGGAGGUCAUGGCGCGACUUCAGGAGGAGAGUCUUCGACAGGACUACGCCUCUACCUCAGCCACAGCCAGCAGUCGCAGGUCCAGCUUCUCCUUGCACUCCCUCAGGCGCAGCGAGAUGGACCUUGAGGAGGAAGACGAGGAGGAGGAUGACGAGGGUUAUGACCAGCUGCCACCUCCCCAGCCCCGACUGUUCCGCACCGGGUCCAUGCAGCGGAGCAGCCUGCCCCACUCUCACACCUUCUCCAGCAUCAGAGACUGCAGACGCAGCGCUCAGUUUUCACUCAGCGGACUCUCUCAUCUCUCUGGAGCCUCCGGCCUGAUGACAGAGAACCAAACAGCGUACAGGAGCAGCACAGACAAGCUACGAAGAAGCAUGCCCAACCUGAUCCGAGCUCCCAGCAUGCCCAGUGUUCCCAGUAUUCCAUGCCUGGUUUCCCCUGUCAACCCACCCUCCCAUGGCCCCUCCUCUUUGCCAACAAUGCUCUCCCUCCGCAACAGCCAAAGCUUUGACUCAUCCAAUGGGCUUGCUCGCCUCCAGUCUUCCAUCCCUCCCCCAGGUCAGCUGAGUCAGCGAGUCCAUAGUGUCGGAAACUUCCCUUCCACUUCACGACACCCACAUAAAGCCACGGCCUACGUAAGCCCCACAGUGCAGCAGGGCCCCACCUCCCUGUCCACCUCCACCAGUUUACACUCCAUCCCUAGCAGUGCUGCAUCGCUUCAUCCCCUCAAAACCAGCAGCAGCAGCAGCUUGCUGCCACACAGCCUGAAAGCCAGCACCAACCAGUCGGCCGCCCCCCGCAGCUCGCUUCCUCGCCCUGCCUCCUUGAUCGGAACAAGCGGAGUUCCUCGUGCGAGUAAAAUCAUGCAACCUACACGCAGUUUGCUGGCUCCUCCGAAGAGCGUGGCUGCUCUGAGCGCCCUGAGGGACGGCAGCUGGAAAGACGGCUGCUACUGAAGCCAAAUGAUCUGAAGUCUGAGCGGUGCACACAGGGUACGGUGCAUGGGACCCAUGCUGAUUUAAAGCUGCCAGGACUGACUGUUAAUGUGAAUCAAAAGCACCAGUGAGGGAAACAAAGACUGGGAGCAGGAUGGAUCCAGCAGGCUGGAUCUACUUACUACCUGCUCAAACACAUCAACACACACUGACA